AUGGCGACACGUAACUCAAUUGACCGUCAUGUUGACAGUGACACUAGGUUCUCCCGUGGUAUGUGGGAAACCAAGGACGGUGUCACAAUCAGAUGGGCACAAGACUCUUUCAAAACCGUUGUUGAAAAAGAUGGCUCUCUCUAUAACAUGUCUGCAGCUGUUCCGCUAAGAACUAGAGGUGAUCAACUUAACAAUCCUACAAUUUCAACCAGAUUGAACUCGCCACAUGAAGGGAUCAUCAAAGUUGAGCACUACCAUCACUAUUCCAAAUAUAAGACCGACACAAACAACUCAGCAAGGUUUGAGAUUCAGGAUGAAAACAAGAACGAUGACAGCUUCAGUGUUACAGAAAAUGAUGAUCAUUCAAGUGUAUCUAAUGGUGAUUUAAAAGCCACAGUUCAAAAGAAAGGAUGGGGUAUAGACUUCAAGAGCGGUGAUAAGCUGCUGACAAAGCUGGGAUUCAGAUCAGUUGGUUGGGUCAACGAUUCUCGUUACAUUAACUCCCAAGGUAAGAACUCGACAUAUAUAACAGUUCAACUCCACGUUAGUAACGGCGAGAAAUUUUUUGGUCUCGGUGAGAGGUUUGGACCUUUUGUUAAAAAUGGGCAAAGGGUCGAGAUGUGGAAUGAAGACGGUGGAACGUCUUCAGAAUGGGCAUACAAAAAUAUCCCAUUUUUCAUUUCCAAUAGAGGAUAUGGUGUGUUCGUCGACUCCACGUCUGAUGUGGUUUAUGAAAUCCAAUCUGAGAGGACCACAAGGGUGAACAUGACAAUCCCAGGAGAAGGUGUGCGUUACUACAUAAUUAACGGACCUGAUCCCAAGACAAUCUUACAGAGAUAUGCUCAUUUAACUGGUCAUCCUGCCCUUCCACCUCCAUGGACUUUUGGCCUAUGGUUAACAACUUCUUUCACCACUGAUUACGACAUAAACACUGUUUCUUCUUUCUUGCAAGGGAUGAAGGAUCGUGAAAUUCCAUUGAGAACGUUUCAUUUCGACUGCUUUUGGAUGAAAGGGUUCCAAUGGUGUGACUUUGAGUUUGAUAAAGAUAUGUUUCCAGACCCGAAAGCCAUGCUGGCUAAGCUUAAAGAGGACUUUGGAGUUAAGAUCUGUGUUUGGAUUAAUCCAUACAUUGCACAAGAGUCUAAGCUGUUCAAAGAAGGUGAUGAAAAGGGUUUUUUCAUUAAGAACUUAGAUGGCUCGUCCUACCAAACUGACUUAUGGCAGGCAGGUAUGGGGAUAGUUGACUUCACAAACCCGGAGGCAACAAAGUGGUACCAAGGCCUACUUUCAGGUCUUGUUGAUAUUGGUGUUGAUUCUUUCAAAACCGAUUUUGGGGAAAGAAUUCCAUGUAAGGGAGUCAAGUAUUUCAACGGUAACGAUCCGGUGAGUAUGCACAAUUACUACACAUUCCUCUACAACCAGGCAGUCUUCAAAGUUUUGGAACAGAAACUGGGUAAGAAUGAGGCGUGUUUAUUCGCAAGGUCUGCAACUGCUGGGUGUCAACAAUUUCCUGUACACUGGGGCGGAGACUGUGAAUCAACUUUUGAAGCGAUGGCGGAGACCAUUAGAGGGGGCUUAUCUUUAGCUCUUAGUGGGUUUGGGUUCUGGUCCCAUGAUAUCUCUGGAUUCGAAGGUCUUGAGAACCCUGACCCAGCACUGUACAAGAGAUGGGUCCAGUUCGGACUAUUGUCUUCCCAUUCGAGACUGCAUGGUUCGUCGACUUAUAGAGUCCCGUGGAAUUUCGAUGACGAAUCAUCAGUCGUUUUAGCAAAGUUUUCCAAGCUCAAGAACUCAUUGAUGCCUUAUAUUUAUGACUUGGCAAUUGAGGCGCAUAAAAAUGCAGUCCCAGUCAUUAGACCAUUGAUGAUGGAAUAUCCCGAUGAUAUUGUUGCUACUACAAUUGACUCUCAAUUCAUGCUAGGUGAUAAGCUAUUGGUGGCGCCAAUCCUCUCAAAGAACAAUGAAGUUGUUUAUUAUCUUCCAAGAGGUUCAUGGUACGGCUAUUUAGACGGUAUAACAAGGGAAUCAACCGGAGAGUAUUUUAAGGAAACGCAUGAUUUCAAAUCUAUGCCUCUUUUGGUGAGAUCAAACUCUAUCUUUGUUACCUCGGGACAAGACAUUUGCAAUGAAAGGCCAGACUAUGAUUAUACACAAGAUGUAUUGGUUAACUUGUUCGACUUACACGAUGGAGAACAGAACGUGCAGAUUCCAGAUCAUAAGAUGUUGGGUGAUUUCUCCGCAUUUGUGACUGUUCAAAAAAGAGGUGCAGAUGUUCAAGUUUCUAUUUCGGGCAGCUACGGUUCUUUAUCCACGUACGAUGAGUUUGGAAACGUCAUUGUAAUUGCUUCUGGCCCAACAGUUACAUUCAGCGUUUAGUGGGCCCUUGGGAAUGUGCAUCUUGUAUAGUAACAUAGUAUUUAAACUUUACAUUUAUCCGUAUGAAUUUGU